UUGCUCGCUUCUAACGCAAGACGGAGUCAUCUGGCAGUGUCAUCCGGAGAGACACGGUUACAGGAGGAGAGAGAGGGAAUUACUGCAGAGGAAAAAGGGGACCUUAAACAGCCGGGCGGCCAGUCCCUGCACUGAGGUGCGAGUCGGUGCGCCAGCGAUCGCCGUUAAUCGGUUACUGGGUCCUCGCUGGUCUUCCGCUCUCCUGUGCAGCCCUACUCUGUAAUUCAAACUAAGUUAACAUCCUUGCUCGGAACAAUGCUGUCCCUCGCUGAGGCACAUGCAGUGCUGACUGUACUCCUGGGAAAGAGGACGCAUUUCUGAGAGAUGUCAGAGUAGACGACCCUCCCCCGUUGAAGCGUGAGGCGGCUCUGAGUUACACCGUGAUGCUUUCACUUACGACGGCAUCAGCUGAGGCACAGUUGGGGGAGGCGUCAGGCGAGGAAGACUGACCGAAGAGCCUUCCUCUCUCUCCAUCAGGUCACCACUGUGUACCCUUUGUGUGUGUCUCUCUCUCUCUCUUCAAACGCCAUCCCCCAAACGUGAAAAGAAUGCAAUGGAGGACACAAACAGCCCCCAAGAAGGUUAUAAAUCCUCACAUGUGCGCCUUCGACUAAAGAAAACCACAUGCUUGAAAGCCGUCUGAACUACAACUUACUAAAACAGAGGAAAGGAUGCAUUUUUGUAACAUAAAUUGACACUUGGAAGGAUCAGACAAUCUGAAGUAUAUGUAUGUUUAUCUGCAUUUAAGAUGGCUAUAUUGGUUUUUUCAGUAUGAUGGACCUUAUUAGUCUGCCAUGUAAAUUUACAUAAACAUACAGUUCCAAACUCAAAUAUACAAUGCAAAAGUUUUAGGCAAUGAUGCUUAAAUGUUUUUCCUGUUGGUGUAAAACUAAGACAUUAUGUCUGUGAAAGUGUAUCAGCUUAGUCAUUUCAAAACCUCCCCUAAAAUAACUUUGCGGCAGCUAUCCACCAACACACCCAUGAAUAUUUUGACUCAACAACUAGCACCUCAUAUGGCUAAUUAAUACCUAAAUGAUACCUCGAUUAAGUGAAUUAUUUACGUGAGCUGGUGGUGAACUUGAACAAUUACAUGGAAUGGCUGAGGUGCCCCUGAGGAGAGGUUUGGGAACUGAAACAGUGUUCAUCUAGCCAUCCAAGAUAUUACUAACUUUUUGGAGAAUAGAAUCAUUUCCUGUUAUUCUUGUGUUACUCUUAACUAGUAUACAUCCUAGUGUUAAAAUAUCUUUUUUUUUUUGUUCCGAAGACAUAUACACUUACUACUGAGAUAACUUUACACAUCACCUUUGACUGCCUAAUACUUUUCACAGUACUGUAAGAACGCAUCCCUCUUUUAAGCCAAAGUAAUUGCAUUUAACUGCAAAUUAAAUGUUGUCCCCCAUGAGCAAGUGUUGUUUAUCCAGUGGUUUGUAAUGCAAACUUUCCUGGGUCUCUAUCAGGUUCAUCACCUUGACCAAUGUCAGAUCUUUCCCGCCGGACACAUGUCAAAUCAUUCACCUCGUUCAUCAUCACCUUCAGCGGCUGAUGGUAUGGGGUUUGUUUUGGCUGUCUGUCUCAUUCAGGUCACCUUUCCACUGCUCCUCUCAUUUUCCCCCAUACACCAGGAGCAGCAAUUACAUCAGUCUUGUGGGGAAGACACAUAUACAACCUUGACUUUUUGUGUUUAAACCCCCCCGAGUUGGUAUGACUCCCACCCCCACUCUGUGACACAUGCAGACAGGUGGUCAUGUGCUGCUCUGGGCUUGCGAAGGCCAGAAUGUCAUGACAUUUCACUACAGAGAUGUCUCACCAUUAAUUAUUCAUGAGCGAUGGACACGAGAGAAGUGUAAACAAAGCUUGACCUUUCUUUGCUAAGCUGGGCAUCCAGUCUCCCUGCACUCUCCUAAUGGACAGCCUUCUUUUUAAAAAAAAAAUAAAAAAAAUAUGGCAAAUAAUGACUGAAUAAGCGUGGGAAUUAGCAUGUUGCCUAGAUACCAAAAACAUAAUUAUCCAUGAUUAUAGCUCUCUUCACACCGAAUUGGAUGCAUGCAUUAAGUGUUUGUAACACAACAGCAACUUGUUUGUGCGCUUCUGUGAAACAAAUACCGCCAUUGACGAUUUAUUUACUGUAUACAGCAAUUAAUCUUACCUUUUGGAACGUUUCAUUUCACAGUACGAUUCUGUUCACGAAAGUGACACAGCAACCAUGCUACUGAUGUAUAUUUAUGAUGCAUUUAUAAACAAUGCACAGGUGAAUUGCGGGUAACUGGGAUUGCAUUCAACUUCUAUAAUGAAGUGAUUAAAAUAACUUCCACCCUCCCUAACUACGAUUGACGCAUUCUGUCCACAUCAAUCUGUGAGCUCUACCCAGAUGUCCCCCUGUGUCUCUUGCUGAACGUGUGUGCUCAGAGGCCACAGAUCAGAGAGGUAUCCUCCAAGGCUCCAGAUGUCCCGACAACGAUAACCCCACUCUGAACCUCCAGGGCCCAUCAGCCUUGAGGCCUCGUGUGCAUGGUGUGGCAGCCUGAGCGGGAGAUCGUGCUCUCAACAUCGCGAAAGUGCUUCAUGGGUGGCGAACUGCGACCCAGGUUCACCCUCUCCGUGCGAUAGGCUCAGAUUGAUUCACAAAGAAAGCACCACAAAGAAAACUCAGCGAGUCGUCAUUCAAACUCCAAACUCCCAUCGCCACCUUUCUUUGUACCUUGGCGAAUUCAUACUGGACCUCUUUAGUGGUGGUGGGGUUGGGUGGGGGGUCUAGGAGAGAAAUUUUAAGAAGAAGCUUUACACACAUGCAGUUGAGAGUGAGUUUUAGAGUCUGAGUGCAGCGUGAUGCCAUUUAUCUGGCACCCCUGGAGCAUUUCAGAAGGUUAAGGGUCUUGCUCAAGGGCCUGAUGGAGAUAUGACUAUCCUGCGGAGUACAAGGGCUUGAGGCCCAACCCCCUGAACCACACAAGCCACCCUCCAUGCUUCUAACAGAGUGAUGUGAGUGGGGAUGAUUUCACAUCUAAUACUAAAGCAGCAGCAGAGUGAGAUGUAUUGCAGGUUGCCUGACGCUCAGCCAAAUGCAGCCAACCUUUGAUGUCACACCUGUGAUCUCUAUCUAUACCCAUCAUGGUGUGAUGCAAACAAGCACCCACCCUCAUGGCUCGGAGCUUCACAGCUUUGUGUCUUAACUUGCCAAAGACUAGAAACUACUAGGGAUUUUCUCCACUGCUGCCAUACAUCUUAUUUUCAUUGGAAGGGGAACAUCCAACAACUGUUUUGGGGUCUCAUCAAACCUGCAUCUUUUGUUAACAAUUAAUAGAACUAUAUUUUGUAACUAAAUAAAUAAAUAUUUCUUUCUUCCACAGCAAAUUUUGGAAACUGAAGGUUGUCAGCCUCAGUACCUUGAUUCUUCAGUUUUUUGGGCAUUGUCAUAAAAAGAAAGAACUGAUCUAGAAUUGCAUUGAGUGAUUCUGGCCACAGGAGAAUGUCAAAGAUGGAUCUCCAAGUGUGGAACUUCAAUGGAUCAACAGCGGAGAAUGGUACGUUCCUCAAUAUAGCUCCCACCUCUGUGUCCACAGCAGUGGACCCUUGGUCUGGCCGGCCCCAGAACGUCUAUAUCUAUGUCUCUGUCUUCCUUGGUUUGCUGGUCUUCCUGCUCACUCUACUGAUCGUCGCCCUCCACAGACUCAAAAACAUCAUCAGUGCCAGUCCCUCUUACCCAGAUUGCACUAGUGAAGGUGGGAGCUCUUUUACCAACAUGGAGAUCUGCAGCAUCUCCUCCCAGAGGUCCACGGUGUCUUCUUUGUCCUGUUAAAGACGGCUGUCUCUUCAGAGCA